CCGGGCCGGCCCUGAGCCCCGCCUCUAUGCCCCAGCCACACUUCCCGGACCCGAACCCGCCCGGGGCGGAGCUGCACCAGGUGCGGGUCUGGGGCGUGGCGGGCGCCAAGGAGCGCCAGGUGCGGCUUCCGCGUCAAGAUGGCCGCCACCAAGUGGGCCGGGGUCUGGCUCCCAUCCCGCGGCCGCCUUCCCGCCAGGCGCCCGCUGCUGCGAGUCGCCCUCUGCCUCCUGUGCUGGGGCCCGGCGGCUGUGGGCGCCGUCCCCGAGCUCGGGCUCUGGGCAGCGACGAUCAAUGACAAAUCAGGACCUUUGAUAUUUAGGAAAACUAUGUUUAACUCUACUGAGAUCAAGUUUUCUGUUAAGUCAUUCCAUUGCGCUGGGCCUGUGAAGUUUACCAUAGUGUGGCUUUUGGAGCAUCAUACCUGUCACAAUGAAUAUUCUGAGCUGGAAGAGCUGUCACAAAAACAUGAACUUAGUGUCAGUGAAGACUUCUGUGGUCAUUAUUUCAAGAACAGCGAAUGUUGGACGGCAAAAAAUGAAAACUUAGAUUGCAACAGUGAUUUACAGAUGUUUACCUCAUUGAAUAAUAAAGAACUAAUAACAAAUACCGGAAAUGUUUCAAACCAGGAAGGGUCAGCGGAUGUUGUAGCCAAAACACAGAGAGAUGGGUUUCAUAUCUUUAUUGUUUCUAUUAAAACAGAAAAAACAGAUGCAAGCUGGAAUUUGAAUGUUUCUCUUUCUAUGAUGGGGCCUCAUGGAUAUAUCUCUGCAUCAGAUUGGCCUCUGAUGAUUUUCUACAUGGUGAUGUGUAUCGUUUAUAUCUUAUAUGGCAUACUCUGGCUGAUGUGGUCUGCCUGCUAUUGGAAAGAUAUAUUAAGAAUCCAGUUCUGGAUUGCAGCUGUUAUUUUCCUGGGAAUGCUUGAAAAAGCAGUUUUUUAUGCUGAAUACCAAAACAUCAACAGCACUGGGUUAUCAACCCAAGGUUUACUGAUCUUUGCGGAGUUGAUAUCUGCGAUUAAGAGGACGCUGGCUCGCCUCCUGGUGAUCAUCGUGAGCUUGGGAUACGGCAUUGUGAAGCCUCGUCUAGGAGCAGUCAUGCACCGGGUCAUCGGACUGGGGAUUCUUUACUUUAUCUUUGCGGCUACUGAAGGCGUGAUAAGAGUCAUUGGGGGUUCUAACCAUUUAGCUGUUGUAUUUGGUGACAUUAUUUUAGCCGUUAUUGACUCCAUUUUUGUAUGGUUCAUUUUUAUAAGUUUGGCACAAACUAUGAAGACUCUAAGGCUAAGAAAGAACACAGUGAAAUUUUCUUUGUACAGGCACUUUACAAAUACCCUGAUCUUUGCCAUAAUGGCAUCUGUAGUGUUUAUGGUGUGGACAACUAAGACAUUUAGAAUUGCAAAAUGUCAAUCAGAUUGGAUGGAACGCUGGGUUGAUGAUGCAUUUUGGAGCUUCCUUUUUUCCCUUAUCCUUAUUGUAAUAAUGUUUUUGUGGAGACCAUCAGCAAAUAAUCAGAGAUAUGCCUUCAUGCCCUUAAUAGAUGAUUCUGAUGAUGAAAUUGAAGAAUUCAUGGUAACAUCUGAAAAUUUAACUGAAGGAAUAAAAUUAAGAGUCUCAAAAACGGUUUCCAAUGGAACAGCUAAACCUGCUACUUCUGAUAAUUUUGAUGAAGAUUUGAAGUGGGUGGAGGAAAACAUUCCCUCUUCAUUCACAGAUGUAGCUCUUCCAGUAUUAAUGGAUUCAGAUGAGGAAAUUAUGACCAGAUCUGAAAUGGCAGAAAAAAUGUUCUCUUCAGAAAAAAUAAUGUGAUUGGAACCCACAUAAAUGAAGCCUACCUAACAGGGAAGGACUUCCUCAAGACUAAAAGAGAACUUUGUUUUGAUAUAGUACAAUAAGUUUUUAUUGCAUGAUCUUGGAAAUCUGUGUACUAAAAUUAAGAAUUCAGAUGGUGGGAGGGUUCUGCAGCCCUUAUUAAGCUGACUCUUGAAUGCCAGUUUAAUGUCCAUUAAAUUGCCUAGACUUUGCAAUGACCUGAGAGAAGUAUUAUAAUAAAGAUAGGUGCCCAAACGCCCUUAGCUGAUGGGUGGCAGGCGUGUGGGUUUGGGUUCUCUUUUUUUUUUCCUGGGAAAUAGGACAAUUUAAAACAACUUUUUUACAUCAACACUCCUACUGUUCUUCCACUGACCUUUGUUUGAUUCAGGUGAUGUGAUUCUUCUGAGGUGUGGUAAACCAGUGUCUCCAUCUCUUGGGUUUAUAGUUACUAGGUGCGGUAAUAAUUCUCUUUGAUUUUCAUGCUGAAGCAAUUUGAUAAGAAGUAAAACUUGGUUAACGUUGGAACAUAAGGAUGUUUAUAUGGUUAGGCUUGCCGUGUGUGUGUGUGUGUGUGUGUGUACCUGUGUGUGUGCACAUCUGUACAAAGCCCUUGUGUGUAAUUAUCACCACACACAUCAAAUCAUAGCAUUGGUCUUCUCUGCCUGAGCUCAGGGGAGCACAGUACAUGGAGAGAGGUUACUUCCAAAGAUCUGCUCUGCCACUGUCCCCUCCCUCAGGCCAGAUAUCUGUGUACUGCUGCUGAAUACCUGGGGCAGGUGGGGUCCUCUGGCCACAUGGCUCCGCCAGAGCACUUCCUCCCUGGCGAGCUGGGAGGCUCAUUACCAGUGAACCUUGAGGAAACUAGAACUUUCUAUGUAAUCCUAGCAUAUUUGGUCUCAUAAUAAAAUGUAUAUUUAACUGCAUAGUACAUCACUAUUAAUCUUGUAACUAAUUUUUUAACCUUAAACCAUGUUUUGUACAUUAUUUUGUUACAUUAUAUAUGUAAAAGUAUAAUUGGAAAUUUAAAAAAAAAAAUUUUUUUUUAAUGCAGAACGUUCUAAACUUGAAAAGCAGUUGAAUAUAGUAUGAUGGAAAUGGUGAAUGUUUUGCUGCUCUCCUGACCAAAGAUACAGCCUAGUGAACAUUUAGAAUAGGAAUUAAAGUUAGAAUCCUAUAUGUCUUUCUUUGAAGGAGUUCUAACCUUGUGAGUUGAGGAUGAAUUCAGAGUUUUUGUUUUUGUUUUUGUUUUUUUGUUUUUUUGCGGUACGCGGGCCUCCCACCGUCGUGGCCUCUCCCAUUGCGGAGCACAGGCUCCGGACGUGCAGGCUCAGCGGCCAUGGCUCACGGGCCCAGCCGCGCCGCGGCAUGUGGGAUCUUCCCGGACCGGGGCACAAACCCGUGUCCCCUGCAUCGGCAGGCGGAUUCUCAACCACUGCGCCACCAGGGAAGCCCAGAGUUUUUGAUUAAGCAUUAAAGUCGUAACCAGUACAAGCACUUAAAUCAUAACCUUUCAUUGACUUUUUUUCAUUGUGAAGCCACAAAACAAAAUGAUUUCUUUCAGAAGCCUGCAUUAUGAAUUGGUUUCUCAUUGACUCAUUUCAUAGGAGUUAGUAAAAAAGCUUUCUAGUAGUAAUGCCUCUUGAAAGAUCCUUUCAAAUUUAUUUUCAGUAGUGAAUAUUGACCGUGUUGUACUGAGAAAGGUUUGGGACAUCCUUCCCAAGAAAAGAACAUCUAACAGUGUGGGUUCCCUUCCUUAUUUCUUUUUAUUCCACAAUAAUGGGCUCCGACCUGCCAUCUUUCCCAGCAUUUAUGUCCAUUCUGGUUUUGGUGUAUUUUGCCCUCAGCCCAGUUGUUUCAGAGCUGGAGGUGACCAGUGCCUUCUUGUUCCUAACAUCUGUAUCUGAUACCAGUCCCCAGAUUUUGAAGCAGAUUGAUCCGCAACUCAUAGGGCUCUAGUUGAAUUUUGAAAUGCAGAAUCCUGGGUUUCCAGCUGCAGAUGUCGUGGAGUACAAGUAGGGAGUUGAUGGUAACUGUGUCGUAAUCAGGGAAAAUGCUUCUCACAUAACCUUGAUAGUGUUUAUAAAAACACUUCUGUCUGCAGCUGGCAAGAAAGAUGAUGCUGCCGGUACGGCUCAGGUGCACACGGAAAUGCAGACUUUUCUCCUCAUCACAGAAAGCAGUAUUUUCUCCUGAUGACCUCAUCAGAAAUGUUUUUCAAGGGGCGUAUACUGUGUCUGUCACCUUCGGUGGCAGUUGUGUUUGUUGGUGACUCGUGAGCUGAACCGAGUGUUCCUACAGAGGGCCUUCUUGGCCCCCUCGUAUGUGCAGGAGGGGCUCCCUGGGGCUGUAGCCGUAGUUCUGAUGAAGGACCCCAGGGGGAAGUCACACUCAGAGCCACCGUACAGCUCGUCAUCCCCGCUUCUGCACAAAGUUUCCAGAGACUGGGCAUCAGGGUCUUUGAGGCUAUCACAUCAUUUGAUUCUUAGGAUGCCGUCAAGAGAGGUUUCCCUAUUAAUGCAGGGAUCUGAGAAUAAGAGUCCAGUUUUGUGUUCCUAGGCAAAAUGCUUAAGUGUUUGUGUUAUGCAAUUCAUGUUAGGUUUAUGUGAUAUAUGAAAUCUGCUUAAGAGGGAAUUUUCAUGCUUUGAGUUAGAUUAGUAUUAGUAUCUGCUUUAGUGGAGCUUUAAGUUAGUUUAUUUCAAAAAAUAAGGAAAAAUAGAUGAAUAUGUGAAUUUUUUAAGCCCAAGAGAUAAGAUGCUCCCAUGCUUUUUACUUUUCCUGUAAAGAAAAUAAUAUUUAAAAUCUUUCACAUAUCCUGUAGAGAGUACUGACUUUCCCCCUCUACUGCAGUAUAUUAUAUUUGCACUACUGUAAUGUGAAGACUGAAAGUAUAAAAGACAUACAUCUACAUGAAAGUAUAAAAGGUUGAUUUUUAUAUCCUUUUUUCAAAAGGGAUUUGAGUCUGUUGCACUAGGCCAUACAGGACUGGUUUAUGAGACGUAUUAUGCUAGAUUUAUAAGUCCCUAGUUUUGGUACUUGUGUCUUUGUAUGAUCAACAGCAUGCGAUAAGCAAUACAAAACACCAUGCCUUACAAGAAAGAAGUUUAACAUGUUGGUUAAAGUACUAAAUUACAUAGCGAAUGUAUAUAAGUGACAAAACUAGAUUUAAGGAAAUGUACAUUAUAACACAAGAGCUCAAUAAGAAACUUCUUUAGAACUAGGAAAACAUGUAUUUGGGGAGAAAGGGGCUUAAGAAGUUAUAUAUUUUUAUUUAAAAGGUUAAAUUAUUGUAUUAUUUGGAAGAAGCUGCUCUGAAUGUAGGACAAAACUAUUUCAAAGAUUUUUGUUUGAAUAAACUGAUGUAUUUUUGUGCCUUAAUAUUUGUUCUGACAAUAAAAUGCUUUCUGAAA